AUGGCUCGCAAAGAAAACAAGGAGGAGGUAGAGCAGCCUCAGUACGAUGAUGGAUCCAUCCCAACGUUCAUGGGCGCCCACGGGAAUAAACUUGUGUGGCUUAUCUCUGCCACUGCAACUACCGGUUUCCUGCUUUUCGGUUAUGAUCAAGGUGUCAUGGCCGGAUUGAUCACCUCAGAGCAGUUCGGAGAUACUUUCCCUGCAGUGAAUCCAUCAUAUCAACAUGAUAAAUUCGGAUAUUCAGAUACAACUGACUCGGUUGUUCCUACAAAUACUCCUGCGCACUCUCGCGCUGCGCUCAUUCAAGCCACUUACACUUCAAUUUACGAAGUCGGUUGUCUUCUCGGUGCUCUCGGUGCUCUUCUCUUCGGUGACUGGAUGGGUAGACGUCGUAUGAUGUUUACUGGUGCAGGCGUUAUGGUUAUUGGUACUAUCAUUCAAGUUACCGCAUUUAGAGGCCAUCACGCGCCAGAGCAAUUCUGUGUUGGACGUGUUAUUACCGGAGUUGGUAAUGGUCUCAAUACUUCCACUAUCCCAUCAUGGCAAGCAGAAACAUCCAAGUCACACAACCGUGGUGUCUUGGUCUGUAUUGAAGCGUCAAUGAUUGCUAUCGGAACUGUUAUUUCAUACUGGAUCGAUGUUGGUUUGUCGUACAAUUACGAUCCUGCCGACGUCACCUGGAGAUUCCCGAUCGCCUUCCAAAUAGCAUUUGCUUUCGGUCUCGUCGGUGGUGCUCUAUUCCUCCCAGAGUCCCCACGUUGGUUACUUUCCAAAGGCCGUGAAGACGAGGGUAGACGCGUCGUUGCCGCCCUCAACUCAGUUCCAGUAGAUUCCGCCGAAGCACACCACCACACUAAUAUCAUGGCUGACGGUAUUAGAUUGAUGACCGAGACACAAGGUGCCGCCAGAAGACGUGAUGUUCUCACCGGUGGCAAGACCCAACACUUGCGCAGAACUCUCCUCGGUGCCUCAUCUCAAGUUUUCCAGCAGAUAGGCGGUUGUAACGCAGUCAUCUACUUCUCCCCACUCAUUUUCGAGGAGUACCUCGGUUUGGAACGUAAGCUCGCGCUUAUCCUUGCUGGUGUCAACAUUUCCGUAUAUGCCCUCUGCGCAUGUAUCUCGUACUUCAUUAUCGAGAAGGUCGGUCGCCGCAAGAUGUUCUUGGUCGGUUCUGUCGGACAGGCCAUGUCUAUGUUUAUUCUCAUGGGCUGCACCAUCCCAUUCGGUCUAGAAGGUCCAACCGACCACGCACAGAACGUCUUGAACGGAUCUGUCCUCGGACAAUUCCUCUUCUUGGCCUUCUUUGGUGCCACCUGGCUCGAACUCCCUUGGCUCUACCCAGCCGAGAUCAACCCACUUCGUAUCCGUACCAACGCAAACGCUAUCUCCACCAUGAGCAACUGGUCGUGGAACUUUGCAGUUGUACAGUGGACACCUCCUAUGUUAGCAGCCAUCAACUGGGGUACUUUCCUUUUCUUCGGUAUCAUCAACGUGUGUUUCAUCCCGAUCGUCCUCUUCUUCUACCCAGAGACUGCUGGUAGAUCUCUCGAGGAGAUUGAUGUUAUCUUUGCACUUGGUUACACUGAAGGCAGAUCAUACGUCUCGGUCGCCAACUCGAUGCCAAAGCUCUCCUCAGAAGAGGUCAAGGCAGAGGCUGCACGUCUCGGUCUUACUAGUGACGCCAAGGACGUUGAGCAAGAGGGUGAAGCAGCCAACUUGCCAGCAUACUUGGUCAACGAGGAAGCUGACCGUCAGGCUAUUCCAAAGGGUGGCUAA